AUUCUUGUCAUACUUCUCUUUAUAGCCUACUUAUAUGUAUUUUUUUAUUACAAUGUAUAGCUGUUUUCCGAACCUGAAAAUACACUGCAAAUGAGACAUUUAGAGAAUAUCACUCUCAUUCGUUCACCACUUUUUAACGUCGUCAUCAUUCCGCGUGUUGUAAACAGAAUAGUCUCUAGCUUGCCCAUCUGGCUAGCAGAUAUUUUGUGCACAAUAUGGACAAUCUCGUUAAGGUGCAUGGAGGUGGGGGCUAUGACUCAGACUUCAGUGAUGAGGACAGCCAGGGAGAGACCUCUCAGCGAGGGGUCAAAAGGAAGCGCGAAGAUGAGCUGCUGCAGAAGCCUUUCCAGAAAGGCAAACACACCAAGGUGGCACACAGGACUGUGGCCUCUGAUGAAUGGGAUCGGGAAGAAGCCAGAAACAGGCGACACCACUUGAUAUCAAUGAACGCUUUUGAGAGGCAUAAAAAGUUUGUUGGAGACUACAUAUUGUACUAUGGGGGGAGGAUGGACGAUCUCAAGCGGUCCACGGCCAAUGAUAAAACAGAUAUGGAUGUGGUGCGUGAAAACCACCGCUUCCUGUGGAGAGACGAUGACGAGGAGGAUAUGACAUGGGAGAAGGAGCUGGCCAAGAAGUACUAUGACAAACUUUUUAAAGAAUACUGCAUAGCUGACCUUAGCAGAUACAAGGAAAACAAAUUUGGGUUCCGAUGGCGUGUUGAAAAUGAAGUGGUCUCUGGCAAAGGUCAAUUUAUGUGUGGGAACAAGCGCUGUGAGAAACAGGAGGGCCUCAAGAGCUGGGAGGUGAAUUUUGCCUACGUGGAGCAAGGAGAGAAGAGGAAUGCACUCGUCAAACUUCGACUGUGUCCAGAAUGCUCCUUUAAACUCAACUACCAUCACAAGAGGAAGGAGGUGAAAGCCAAGAAGAAGGUGAGGAGGUCGUCUUUGGAGGAGGAAGGUGAAUCCCAGUCCAAGAGAUCCAAGUCGUCAUCUCGCUCCAAGAAAAACAGACACAAAGACAAACGUAAGAGGAAACAUAAAGAAAAUUCCUUCUCCAGUGACUCUGAGGACUCCCAGCACUCAGACAAAGCAGACGUUGAGGGCGGGAAUGAGGCAGAGGGCCCGUCGGAGGCGGAGCACUGGAGCGGUCCCGCCCCUGCUAUGGAGGAGAAAUCAAGGGAGGAGGAGUUUGAUGAAUAUUUCGAGGACAUGUUCCUGUGAGUCCACUGGGCUUUCUGGAGUCCACCGACUCAGUCUGUGAUUUGUAUAUUGUAUAUUUUUUGAGUUUUGUGACAGAAUAAAAUUCUUGUCUCUGUGAAA